CACACUUUGGUUUAUGUCCCGGCACUUGGGGAAAUAUAUUCAUUUGGCUAUGGAGCAGAAGGGCAACAUGGAGAAGGAAGAACAAGUGACCAGCUGGUUCCUCUUCCUCUCAGUCUGGCUAUUCAUGAUAAACACAUGAAGAACAGAAGUACCUUGGACAAGGUAGUUAAAAUCAUUGCCGGAGACAACCAAAGUAUUGUGCUUCGCCUGGAGGAAAAGAAUGCAUACACUGUAAUGCAAACACUGGCCACAGUGGAGGAGGAGAAGGUUGCUAAGUGGUUGUCCAAUUCAGAUCGCAGCUGCUGGAAUAAUAUCAAAUGGAAUAUUAACUUGAUCUUCUCAUCAGCAGCUUGCAUCAAUGGCAGCUUUCUACAACAGAGAGAGGAAAAAUUCAGAACAUUUGAAAAGACUGUUGGUGUUGAUAUGUCAGCUGUUCUUCUUUUCUUUAAGAAGAUUGCCGCUAAGCCUAAAGUCUUCGCAAAGGUGAAAAGCGCUCUGAAGAUCCUUCUGCAUUGUCCCCUUCACGCUCCAACCUCGCCAGAAGCGCUCAGGUUCUUCCUCGUUGUGCCCGUACUGUUACAAAAUCAAGAUUUCGAUCUCCUUAGUCAACUGGCAGAAGCAAUCUACAAACUCCCACAGAAAGGCAAGCAAGCACUUGAGACUCUAUGGUCCAAUUUAGAAGUGUGCUUCUUUAAGGAUGUGGUGUCCAUGUUUCAAAGGUUUAUUGGUGUUAACAUGUUUUUGAAGUAUAAACAGAACAGCGAUUGGUGUUUCAACAAAAGGGGAUGUAUUAUGUCUCUUAAGGUUUUCCAAAUGCUUUAUGAGUCUUGAAUCUUGAAGAUAAAAUUGUGGUUCAUGAAACACAUUGCAAAAUAUUGGACUUGGAAUACCUAGCGACAUACAAUCCACCCUCGACAAUGACUGUAAGGGAGCAGGAUUUACUACAGGAUACCUGGCGCUAUCUAAGAAAUGCAGAAGAAAUUUGCUUUC